UGACAAAACCCUAAGAUGCUGAUGGAAAAGAGUAUGCAUACAUAUAUAAGGAUCUGCAGAUUAUUGAAAAGAUUUUCACUUAUUUGUUGUAGAAAAAACUACUACUGCCACACCAAUCACUCUGACAACUCUGACACAGCCAAUGACGUCAUCUCAACAUGUAACGAGUCCUCCAUUUCAUUCCAUUUCCUGUUUCAUAUGUGAAGAUUAUCUAACUUUUCGAUGUCAAUCUUUUGCGACCGUAUGUGACAACACUUGCAUGAUAAGAUACGGAGAUGGCAAACUACUGUCCAAGUGCACAUUAUUCACCAGACGCAAUCUGGGGGCGAGACAACUUAUCCCGUGACGACAACAGCAACAAUGUCUUCUGUCACGGUGACAACUUCUCCAAAAGUUCAGAGUUCAAUAACAUCUGCAACAACAUACCCGAUGACUCAUCAACAUGUAUCAACACCAAAAUCAACACAUCUUGUAACGUCAAAACAGAAUUCAUCAACGUUGUCUCAAAACAAUACGAUACAACAAACAAUGGCGACAUCAUUGCAGAAGUCAGCGGCAACAUCUCCCGUGGCGUACCCUGUAGUACCAAAAGCAACUCCUCGCUGGUCCUUUGUCACUCUUCCUGUUGGAAGACGACGAUAACUAAUACACAUUAAACUGUAACCAAUUCAUUUCACGAAGAGAGUUAUUGAAUAGGUAAAUAUUUCCAGUAACAUGCAAGGUGAAGAUAACGAACAGUGAUCAAUCUCAUAACUCCUACAAGCAAUACAAAAUAGAUAGUUGGGCAAACACGGACCCCUGGACACACCAGAGGUGGGAUCAGGUGCCUAUGAGGAGUAAGCAUCCCCUGUCAUAUGGUACUUUGAUCUUCUAAUGGCAAAAUGUGACCUCAAAAGGAUAAUAGGCAAAGAUAUUUGAAUGCCAUCUCAACCAAACGCUCUGAGAAAUACAUUAAGGAGUAACUACAUCGACACAAUGGCUGAUUUCCUUUUUAAACAUGAAUGAAAAUAUGAAAAACAGCAAUAUUUGUAUAUUCCUUUUAAAUAUAAUCGCUCGGGUACAUGUAGCUCAGUCGGUUAACAUGUUGAUUGCUUAAAAGAAAAAAAAAUACCCUGUCGACUGCUGAUCUGCAGAUCGCGGGUUCGAGUCUAGCAAUUUUUUCUCUUUUUCAGAUUACUUUCUUCUAAAACUGGUUUUUUGAUUAAUAAAGUGUAACGUGUU